GCAUCAUAUAACAAUUAAACAAAAACUGACACUGUCAAAACGUAUCACAUUAAUUAGUAAUACGCAGAACCAAGUUUAAUCAAAUUAGUAACAUAUACAUUAAUAAUAAUAAAUUUCCGUGAACAUAGAAAAAAAUAUAAAAAUGAUAUUGGCAUCAUGCGCUUACGAAGUCAAAUUUCACGACUGGGACUCCUCUAAUUGUUAUGGAACCUAUAAAUCCAAAGUAAAGGCUGCCUUCAGUGAUAUCUCAUGGAGUUGCGAGGGCACCUACUUGGGAACUGUGCAGUCCACCGGAAAAACCUCGAUACUCAGACCUCGCUUCAACCCGUCUUUUAUGAAUGAACCAUUUGUUACCGAGGGAGAAUCCAUCAACGUCGGAUGUGUCAAAUCUGUACAAUUUUCAAUGACCGAAAACAACCUCAUUGCCCUUGGUACAAGUCGAGGUGAUGUAAUCCACUAUAACUUAGCAAGUAAAUACUCAACCAUCGUCGUGGAUAACAUCCCUGGGAUUGUCCAUUAUAUAAACUAUGCCGCUGGUGAUAGUUAUCUAGCAGUUGCAUGCAGCAAUGGUCAAAUUUUCAUCGUCCAGGUAGGAGUUGGCAUCUCCGAAUCAUAUUUUGUCCCGCAGAGUGAAUGUAUCACUGCCUUGACCACACACCCAACAAUCCCGAAAUACAUGGCCGGAGGGUCUAAUAAAGGGGUCAUCGCUGUGUGGGAUGUCAAUUCAUCGUUCCUGGUUAUGCAAAACACUAAACCAGAUGCGAAAAUAUUGGAUAUUGCUUUCUCACCAGCGGAUAACAUCUUCACAGCUAUUGGGAGCGACCAAAAAAUUGGAAUCUACGAUAUGCGAAUUGGUGAAUGUGUUCAUGAGAAACCCUUUGAUAUACCACUAACUGCGUUUGCGUAUUCUCCGAGAGGAAAUGAUAUUGCAGUAGGUUCUGGUCAAGGACAUAUUAUGGUCAUGGAUACAAGAUACCUGCGUUCAAGCAAGAGCGUCAUCAAAGCCCAUGAUCAAUCUGUGAAUAAAAUGAGGUUCCAGCAAGAGAGACUCAAUCACUUCCACUGUAACAAAUCAUCCAUUGCAUCCACGUGUAGCCUAUUCCAAGAACCCGAACGGGAAAGAAUACUUCCAGGUGUAAAAUCAGACAUGCUCAUCUACCAAGCUGGAGACGUACGUGAUACGCUUCCUUUUAUGGAAUCAGCCAGUAAUGUCCGAAUGGGACAUACUUCUCCAGGUAGAAGCACAGGUUCAAGUCCUCCUCCAGGUCAAUUACAGUCGGAUAAUACAGGUUUACCAACACCUACACAGAAAGCAGUUGGAGAAAUGUCCAUGUUUCAUAUAAUCGACGAACGUGCUCUUCAGGAGAUAAAAUGCAAAGUCUUACAAAACACCAAGGAUUUGAUUGAUCAAGUUGUUGACCAAGUCAAUAAUGAUUUUCUGAAGAUGCGGAUGAAUGUCAGCCGAGAGUUUUGUAACAUGGAGCUGCGAAACAAAGACCGCUGGCAGGAAUUCAAUGAUACCUUGAUGAUGAUUGCAGGUUUGGAUGAUCGUCGCCUAGAUGAAGAAUUCCGCAUGGGUGUGAUGCAUGAAGCAGCAGUCAGGGAUACCAACAGUCACAAACAUGUUCGAAAAAUAAUUAAACCACCACCAGAUGAUGAUAGUGAUCUUUCUGAAGAUAUCACCUUCGAUGAAAACCUCCCUGCGUACUCUGAUCAUAUCCUAGAGCAGCAAGAAAUAACCCUGGAUGAAAUAGACUAUCACGAAAAUGAUGUACCAGAGGUUUCAAUGAAAGAAACUGUUAUGAGAGCGACUACAUCCAUGGCGAGUGGUUUUCCACCACCGCGCCCUUCCACAUCUCGUCAACAUGAAGAAAUAAAACUUCCUAGUCCCAAACGUUAUGUUUCACGUUUACCAAAAGCGGAAUCUCCGCGCAGGCAUCAAAUUAAUCUGAAGAUGACUUCAUCCAACAUGCCAAAUAUAUAAAAUAAACAUUUUUGUAAUAAAAUUUUAGUUGAAAUUUG